AUGCUGAAGAACACGGCGAACAGAUCAAGAGGAAGAAGAAGAACAAGUAUAGAGGAUGCGGCAACGGCCUUUGUGGGAAAGUGGGCGGCUGAGAUUAGGGAUCCAGUGAAGGCUGUGAGGAAAUGGUUAGGGACUUUUGAUACUGCCGAGGAGGCGGCGAGAGCUUAUGAUUCUGCCGCCAUUAGGUUUCGGGGACCUCGGGCGAAGCUAAACUUUCCUUUUCCUGAAGGGUUGCAGGGUGAGGAGAGGAGGGAUGAAGAGGGGAUUUGGGAUGGGUUGCAGGAUUUGUUUACUUUGGAUAGUGGGAGUGGUUCUGGUUUCGAACUUGACCGGCCUCCUCCGGCGAGUUCUUCUUGA